GGCGUGUUGUCUGCCCAGUGGCCGGCUGCCUCCCUCUGCUCUCCGGGUGAAAGCACUGAGGGUCUCGGUCUCUGGCAGCGGAGGAUGUGAAUUUAAAUGUCCGCUGCUCACUGACGAUCCGGGGAAGUUAAGUUCUCUGUCUAAUGAGCGGUGGUGUUUUCCCGUUGAAGGCGUCAGCAGCGAGGAGGACUUUGCUCUUCACGUCCAGCUGGGACGAGAGCAGCUCCAUCAGCAGCGGCCUCAGCGACGGCGAUGGUUCGGACAACCUCAGUUCAGAGGAGUUCAACGCCAGCUCCUCGCUCAACUCCCUCCCCAACACGCCCCUGGGCUCCAGACGCAACUCCUCUGUCAUGCUCCGCACUGAUGCAGAGAAGCGCUCCAUGGUGGAAAGCGGACUGUCUUGGUUCAGCGAGGAUGGCAAAGUCAUCCACAAGCUGGAGAGCUGCAGCUAUGAAACGGGCAGUCUCAAGACAGAGGCACCGAGCAAGUGGAGGAAGAAGCCUCCAAGCCUCAGUGAAGAUCCAGGGAGUAGGGGUGAACUGAAGAAACCGCAAAGUUUGGGUCAACCAGGGAGUUUCAGGAAGGGUCGUAAUCCCCCUGUGGGCGUCACCUCCCCCAUCACCCACACAUCUCAGUGCAUGCUCAAAGUCGCAGUACCUAAAAGUGAGAGGCCACUCGACAAAUCCAAGAUGUCCAUUAAAACUGCUGGUCUGCAACGGUCUCGCUCCGACGCUGGCCGGGAUCACCUCGGAGAGCACCGCAAGCCUCCAUCAGGUUUAGUUAAACCCUCUGCUGGAGCCUCCUUUGGGUAUAAGAAGCCACCAAUAGCCACCGGCACCGCCACUGUUAUGACAGCAGGGGGCACCACCAUCUCCAGUGGCUCCGCUACCGUGGGGAAAAUGCCCAAGUGCUCCGGCAUCCCCAUGAAGCCCGUGGGAGGAGGGAUACCAACAGGUCGGAAGAACAGUUUUGAUGCCAGCAGCGAGCAGAGCUUCCCGGGGCCGAUCGCCCGAAACAGCCUUCAGUACCGCAGUCUGCCUCGACCGGCCAAGUCCAGCACGUUUAGUGUGAUCGGUCGCCAGUCAGGUCGGCCUGUCAGCGGCACCAUUGACCCCGGCCUGUUGAGUUUGAAGCCCGUGCCCAUGGCCUCUUCGGGACCCAGGGUCAAAGAGCUGAGUAGCUGCGGCAGUAAGAUGUCCACUCGAACCAGCACAGGCCCGGUGAACCAGACCGACCGGGAGAAGGAGAAGGAGAGGGCCAAGGCGAAGGCGGUGGGCGCUGACAUGGACUGCUGCUCUCUGAAGGGAGAGGACGCUCGGUCCGGGACGGCAGGGGAGUCCACUGUCAAACUCCACGGCCUGAGACGGACCAGCAGCGGCAGAUACCCUGAGCUGUCAUCACCCACCACACCAAGAAUGCUGCACACGAAAACUCUGGGUCGCCCCCCCAGCCUGGCUCACCUGGACAAGGUUAACUCGAACAGCCUUGACUCCUGCAUGACCAUUCAUGACCUCCCCCCCAAAGUCCCCCCAUACUCCAAGCUUCAGGACCUGGCUGGUUCCCACACCGCUGGCCACCUCACCCCGAGCCCGGCGCCCAUCCUCCACCUCGACUCCCCCAGCUCCUACACCAGUGACAGCCUGAGCCGGAGCGGGUCCCCACUGCUCUAUCCCAAGCUGAUGCACCGCAGCAUGGAGUCCCUGCCGCUGACCAUGAGCGUCCCCUGCAGCUCGAGGUUUCUCACUGCUGAGAGGCACGACAAGCAGGAGAGGACCACGGGGACCUGGGGGGCCGGGAGCAGAACCUCCCUCAACCUCACUGAUAGCUUGCAAGCGGACAGGAACACCUUGCCGAAGAAAGGCUUAGAACGCUACGGCUCAAGCCUGUCGGACAGCGAUGGAAGCAAACCGGGCAGGCGCCACUCCCACACCAUCGCUGGCAUGACGGAGAGCGACAGCCCCCCCCAGCUGCCCUCUCCCACCCGCUUGCUCCACCCCUCCUCGGGCAAGGCUCCUCUCACCAACGUGGUUGCCCCAAUUUCCAUCGGAUCUCCGAGGAUCUCGCGCUCGAACAGCAUCGGCCCCCCCGGUGACUCAGCCUGCGAUCUGUUCGGAACCUCCCCCCUGGGCAGCAGUCUGUCGCUGGCUGACCGGCCAAAAAGCAUGAUGCGGUCGGGGUCUUUCCGUGAACCAGGGGAUGAUGUACAUGGCUCUGUGCUGUCUUUGGCAUCCAAUGCUUCAUCCAACUAUUCCUCGCAAAUCCGGAAGCUGAGACGCGAGCUGGAGUCCUCCCAGGAAAAGGUUGCCAACUUGACAAUGCAGCUCUCUGCCAACGCCAAUCUGGUGGCAGCGUUCGAGCAGAGCCUGGCGCUGAUGACGGCGCGCCUGGAGACUCUGUCCGUCUCGUCGGACCAAAAGCCACUCAGCCCAACCGGCCAGUCGAGCGCAGAGAGCCCUUCCACGAAUCCCCACCUCCGAAGCAUCUUGGUCCAGCUGCCCUUCUAUGAGCUGACAGGAGGUCACAUCGAUGUUUCUACUCUUCAGGACUCGGAGCUCACCGAGCUCAAGGAGACCAUCGACAUUCUGAAGACUCAAAACACAGAGAACCAAGAAAUCCUUCACGGGGCUCUCAGUGAUGCAGACAUCACGCCCAAAGAGCUGGUGAUCAAUCGGCAGAACUCGUCAGAGAGCAUCUCGAGCCUGGCCAGCACCACCAGUCACUCCAGCAUGGGGAGUCUGAAAGAGCAGGAGGCCAAGAAGAAGAAGAAGAAGAGCUGGUUGCGCAGCUCCUUCAACAAGGCCUUCAGUAAGAAGGGUUCAAAGCCGUCGGGGCCGUACGCCGACAUCGAGGAGAUCGCCACCCCAGAAUCCUCUGCACCUUCCUCCCCUAAGGUCCACCAUAUUAGUGAUGAUCCCUCAGCCACGAUAAGAUCCUCGACCUCUGCAGCAUCAUCCGGACUGUGUGAAGGAGGCGAUGAGGAGGCGGAUGACAAGGUCGUGACAGGGCUGCGUUCAGAGCUGUGGCAGAAGGAGCUGAAACUGACAGACAUCCGCCUUGAAGCUCUGAGCUCUGCUCAUCAGCUGGAGCAGCUGCAGGAGGCCAUGAACGGCAUGCAGAAGACAGUGGAGAACCUGAAGGCUGAGAACGACCACCUGAAGACGGGUACUUUGUCCCCCUGUCCGUCCCCCGGACCCUCCAGCUCCGUGUCCCAGUCCUCAGGUCUUGCCAUGUUUGAAGGUUCCUCGCCGCGACAGUCGGUGGCCUUGCAAAUGCCAAAAAGCUUCAGCAGAGGGCUGAGUGAAGGGAGCUCAGACGUCCACGCGGCAGAGUCCCUCAGCCUUUCCUCACAGAGGGACGAUCACCGGGUCCGGGUGGUGGUUUGUGUCGCGGACCUGCACGUCUUCAAAGAUGAGGUGAAACAACAGGAUUUCUUCGCGGGCACUGUGCGGGUGAACGGCAGGAUGGACUGGACCAUGCUGGACUCAGCCGUCAGUCAGGCUUUUAAGGUGUACAUCACCAAAGUUGAUCCCACCUCCAGCCUGGGCCUCUCCACCGAGUCCAUUUACAGCUACAGUAUGGGCCACAUCAAGAGGGUGCUCGGAGGAGACGCCCCUGAAACGCAACCCUCUCGCUGCAUGUCCCGAGGCCCCAGCAGCAUCACUGUGUCUCUGAAAGGUUUAAAGGAGAAGUGUGUGGACAGCCUGGUAUUUGAAACGCUCAUUCCCAAACCAAUGAUGCAGCACUACAUCAGUCUGCUGCUCAAACACCGCCGCCUCAUCCUGUCCGGGCCCAGCGGCACGGGGAAGUCCUACCUCGCCUCCCGGCUGGCCGAGUACCUGGUGGACCGCAGCGCCCGCGAAGUCACCAGUGGCAUCGUGGUCACUUUUAACAUGCACCGCCAGUCGUGCAAGGAUCUGCAGCUUUACCUUUCCAACCUGGCCAAUCAGAUUGAUCGUGAAACCAGCACCUCAGACAUUCCGCUGGUGAUCAUUCUGGAUGAUGUUCACAAUCCUGCCUCCAUCAGCGAACUUGUCAACGGUGCUCUCACCUGCAAAUAUCAUAAAUGUCCUUACAUUAUUGGAACAAGCAACCAGCCAGUGAAGAUGAUUGCGAACCAUGGACUUCACCUCAGCUUCAGGAUGGUGACCUUCUCCAACAACGUGGAACCAGCCAACGGCUUCCUGGUGCGAUACUUGCACAGGAAGAUGAUGGAGUCGGAGAACGAGAGGAACCUGACCAACGAGGACCUGAUCAAGGUGUUGGACUGGGUCCCCAAACUCUGGUAUCACCUGCACGCCUUCCUGGAGAAGCACAGCACAUCAGACUUCCUCAUCGGUCCGUGUUUUUUCCUGUCAUGUCCGGUCACAGUGGAUGAGUUUCGAUCAUGGUUUAUUGAUCUUUGGAACCACUCUAUUAUCCCAUACCUGCAGGAGGGGGCCAAGGACGGCAUCAAGGUGCACGGCCAGAAGGCGGAGUGGGAGGACCCGGUGGAGUGGGUGAGGGGCACUCUGCCUUGGCCGGCUGCCCAGCAAGACCAGGCCAAGCUGUUCCAUCUCCCCCCCCCCAGCAUCGGCUCCAGCAGCCCCGGUCAAACCCUCGAGGAGAGGCCCCACAAGGAGACUCCGCCCAGCUCCAUGGAAUCCGAUCCGCUGAUGGCAAUGCUUUUGAAACUGCAAGAGGCUGCCAAUUACAUUGAAUCCCCAGACAGAGAAGAUCCUAGUCUGCCCAAACUUUGAACACAAAGCCCCAAAUCAAACACUCAGCACUUCGGAUCUUACUUUUCUGUACGCUGCACGGACUCAGUGCACAUUCAGGAACGUGUGAACCCUCAGAAAGUGG